AAUCGAAAAAGGCAUUCCCUCUGCGCAAAGAAUAUGCGCAGCUGAAAUCUUUAUUGACAACAAAAAUGCCGUCGGAAGCACCUUUGGUUCCCAAUCUAAGUGAGAAACCGCACCAUUACAUGUAUCUGAAAGAAUUUCGAACUCAGCAGUGUGAUCUCUUUCUUCAACACAAAUGUCAACAACAUAGGCCUUUCACUUGUUUUCAUUGGCAUUUUCUAAACCAGAGAAGAAGGAGGCCUGUUCGAAAAAGGGAUGGAACAUUUUCAUAUAGCCCGGAUAUUUACUGCACCAAAUAUGAUGAGAAUACGGGGAUCUGCCCAGAUGGAGAUGAAUGCCCGUUCUUACACAGAACUGCUGGAGAUACUGAAAGACGAUACCACUUGAGGUAUUACAAGACAGGCACCUGUGUAUAUGACACAGAUUCCAAAGGGCAUUGUUCUAAGAAUGGUGCUCAUUGUGCAUUUGCUCAUGGUGCCCAUGACAUGCGGCCUCCAGUAUAUGACUCCACGGAAAUGCAGCCGUCUAUAGAAUUUUUGGAUAAAGCCUCAUCUUCUCCUAGUUCUGAAAAGGACAAAGUUCUUGCUGAGGAUCCAAGAUGGAAUGAUACCAACUUUGUAUUGGCCAACUACAAGACAGAACCCUGCAAGCGCCCCCCACGGCUGUGCAGACAAGGUUAUGCAUGCCCUCAGUUUCACAAUACAAGAGACAGAAGAAGAAGUCCCAAGCUUUACAAAUAUAGGUCUACCCCUUGCCCAAAUGUGAAACAUGGUGACGAGUGGGGAGACCCCACCCAUUGUGAAAGUGGAGACAACUGCUCCUACUGCCAUACAAGAACGGAACAACAGUUUCAUCCCGAGAUUUACAAAUCGACCAAGUGUAAUGACAUGGUUCAGACCAAAUUUUGUCCUCGGGGAGCUUUCUGUGCUUUUGCCCAUGUGGAACAAGAGAUAACUUCAGUCCGUGAUGUGUUGUCGAUAAGCAGUAACUCUUUAGCUGCUUUUGUCACAAACGUCCUGCCUCAGAAUGAUUCAGUCGGCAAGCUGGAGUCUAUAUCAGGGAAAGAUGCCUUUCAUUACAGAGAGGUACAUAAUGGCAAAUGUGACUCUAAACUACCAGACCCUAUAGGAAAGGAAAGGGCGAAUAGCACUCCAGUGCAGCCAAGUCUUAUACAGAUGAAUUUGUUAGCUAGCAAUAAUGGUAGCGCUUACCGCAAUAGUCCUCUUCAUGAUCCUUUCAUGAAGGCCAGAUCUUGCAGCGUGAGUUCUGAUUAUGCCUUGUCUCCUUUGUACAUGAGAGCGCCUGGAUUUGAAAGAGAUGAAUAUCAGCUGAAGCUGCGUCAGCAGUUAAUGGCUAUCGAGAAAGAUCCCACUCUGGACUCUGUGGAGAAGGCCAAGCGUAAGGAGAAUCUGAUCCUGGUGCACCAGUCGGGAUUGUACAGCCAUUUGGCCAACUCUAUGGGCCUCACACAGGGCACUACCUCAAUGUCACCACUGGCCCCGGCCUUCUACCCGCCAGGAGAUUGCGUGGAGUCUGUCAUAGGCAAAGCUCUUGAUGAUGUGAACCUAGAGGAUCUGGACAUUGGGAGCCUGGAGCGGGAACUGGACAAGGACAUGGACACCAACUCUGUCAGUAGCUCCCUCAGUGCUGGACUGUCCACCUCGGGCUGCUUCAGCAACAACUCCUCCAUUCCCAUUGGGAUCCCGCCCAGUGCCAUCACCCAGCGUGGCAGUAUUAGCAGUCUCUCGCAGUCUCCCCCGUCACCCUUUGGGAGCUUCCCGCACAGCAUGCAGCCCUUGCUCUUACACAAACAAGAUUCUAAUGAUCACUCUUCGUCUCCUCUGUUGAACUGCUACCAAGGACUGACCAAGUAUCAAAUGGGCUCCAAUUUGAGUGACACCAACUCCAUGUCACCCCGUAGUGCUGGGCCUCAGUCACCAAUGCUGUCUGGAUCUUUCAGCGGGCAUGUUCAGAAUGGAGAGGUUCAAAAGCUGCGUGAUGAACUUAUGAUGGCAAGAUCCAAGAUGGCUGAAUGGGAAGGUGUUUAUACACAGGCAAAGAGCGCUUGUGAAGCUUGGAAAAAAGAAGCAGAGGAUGCCAACAAGAAAGCAAAGUCUGCAGAAGAAGAGCGCAUGGUGGCGUUGAAACACAAAGAUGAGGUGAUGUCACAGAAUCAACGUCUGCAGCAGAUGAUGUCUGGGGGCCCCCACAUCCAUGCUAUAUCACGCUCUAAUGAGAUGGACAAGAUCCCCGUUCAACAACUACAGCAGUAUAGAGUACAGCUACAGAAUGACUUGGAGCUACUGGACAAGCUGAUCUACCAGAAGGUUCAACAGAACAUUUGAUGCUGGUGCAGCUUAGGUCUUGUUUUUUCCAGUAGUUGGCUUUCCAGAGUUGUAUGGGAUGAUUGCAAUACGCUGAGGGAAAGAUAUCGAAGCGGGGCCACGGUUGUCUCUGUUCUUGGAAUUUGUAAAUAUUUUGAUUUAUGUAGAUUUGGUUGUUUUGAAAGUUCAAGUACUUUUUGAAAAAUAAUUAUUAUGAACUAUUGUAAUAUAAAUGAACAAUUGUAAUUUUUGUUUAAAUGUUUGAUUGAGGUCUUUCAUAGACUUCCCCCCCCCCCCCCCCCCUUUAGGUACCAAUUAUGUAAAAAAAAUAAUUCAUUAUCUUAGCAACUAAAAGUUUAUUUCUACUUAAUGGUCUUGCUUUAGAGGGGUUCUUUAAUAAAAUGUGUUCUGUAAAUAGUUUAUUCUCCCCUUAUAUUCAUUGUUCUAGGUUUCUUUGAGCUUGUUCUAUUUUUCUUUUCUCUAUAAUAUUUUUUUGCAUGCAAUUAUUAGAAUUGCUAAGAAAUGGUUUGUUUCGGGUUAGAACUUUGAAGUACAUUGUGUAUUAUAUUCCUUCUAUAAAAAGCGAUGUCAUUUGUGUAAAGAAUUAAGCAUUUCUGCAGGCGUUAAUACUGCAACAAGGACUGUUACGGAACUGGACUAAUAAUUGUAAGGUUAUGGGUUCAGGUGUUUGAGGCACAGCUUGGCCUGUUGUAUAUCCCUGGAAUAGACCAUUUACUUUUUUCUUCACUUCACCCCUGUGUGUGGUACCCAGCCAUAGACAACGAAAAAUCUUGUCAGUAUGUUAGUGUUUUAGCGCCUUUAAAGUGGCAGCUUACACUGUAUGCUUCCCAGGAAGCUGAGAAUGUUUCUGGGUGUUCUAUGGUCUGCUGGGACAUGGUUAUGGACUUGCAUGUAAUAAAUGCUAUUAUUAUUAUUUUUAUCAAUAUUAUUACUAAGGAUAGAGAUAAGUAUUUUAGUUAAAAUCGCCAUUUCAAUUUUAUUUCACACUGCUGCCAUUUAUCUCUUCCUUUCUAAAUACGAACUGAAAUGUUUGUGAGUAUUCUGGUAGAUUGGAACAAGAAUGGUCUUAACCUUUUUGACAUUUCUGAUUUCGCUUUUCAAAUUCAUUUAACUAUUCGAUGAUCGGGGGGGAGACUUUUUCUUUGUAAAAUGUUGAUGAUAUCAUGUAAACUUUUGUUUUGCCUUGUUUUUGUUCUUAGUUGUCUUAUGUAUGAAUCAUUAUUUCAUGUACUUGGAGUAAGACUUAUUUGCAAUCAAACAUGGAAUUAUGUUUUAUUAAAUGAUUAUGCAUUAUGAAAAGCAUUAAGAUCCUUUUAUAGGUGAAUACUUGGAGUAACUGAGAAAAAAAAGCCCCCAAAAAACACCAAAAAAACCCACUUACAAAUGCUUUCGUAUUUUCAUUCCACAUUCUGCCAUGAUGCAUAUCUUGUUUCUGAAUGUUCAAUUUCAUUUACUGCUGUUCGGUCCGUGUUGCCUGUUUCAUUGAAAUACAUAUUAUAUUUUUUAUUUUAGUUCCAUUUUUGAGGUGAAGAAAAAAACAUUUUACUUGUUGAAGUGUACUAACGCUCACUGCCUUAAGGGCAGUUAGUCUGUUGUUUCAUUUGCAAAAGAGUGCAUCAGUUGCCAUUGUUAUUGUUGAGAAAGACACCGUUUACCCAUCUUUCACUCUGUACAGUAUUGUGGUUUGUUACAAUGAUAUAAAGUGCUUUAGAAGCCUCAUCGGCUCUAUGCUUUAUGUAUCUGAAAAUCCUCAGUGCAAUAUGUAUUGCUCACUGGCUUUCAGAAAUAUAAUAUUUGUUCUUUUGUGGUAUAAACAUCAAAGAGUAUCAUGAGUUAGAAUUGUAUUUAUGAUUCGCACUUAUUUGUUAAUUUUGCAGUGAUUGAGUCAAUGAGAAAUUUGUAUUUGUCUGUUCAAGUUGAUGUAUUGCUUUCCUUAUGAUGCUACAUGGGAAUGUUAUCUGAAAAUUGAGUUCAGUUCAGAAGUUCAGCUUUUACAAUUUCUCGUGUUAACUUAGACAAGUUUUCUGUUCAUGUAUGUCUGUUAUGUUGGUAGUUUCAUGAACAUAUUGGUCAGGGUUUGUGUUGUUUUGGGGUUUUUUUUCUGUUCCUGUAGAUUUUUUAUUGACACUGACAUAGUUUCAUUUUUCCUAACAUACUGAUUUGACAUGAUUUAUUAACAAGGACAUGGUACUAAUUUUCAUGUGUUACGGAAAUUGAUAGCUACAAUAGGAUUGAGUAAUUGUAUAUUUUAAGUUAAAGUCCUGUAUAGACAAACCUUCGAGAGGGUUCGUUUAUUUGGUGUUUUGUCCGCUCUUGCGUUCAGCAUCGAGUUCUAUUUGUGUACAUUUUUGCAAAGUGGAAAUUAUGAUUACGCAUUGAUGCUGUCAUUGGUAUGUGCGCCAUUACCAAUUAUUUACCUUUUGCAUUCAGCUAAAGUGAUGCCUCUUAUAUAGUUUUCUUAUGUUCCAUUAAAUACCCUGUAUAGUAGUUUUGUAAAUUUGCAAAAGGUACCAUUUGCGUAAUUUUGUUUCUCUUACCUUACUACUCUUUUCUGCAAGCACCAUUUUUAACACAUUUGUUUACUCUACAUAGAUUCAAUUAUUUUUGUGUGGGUAAAAUGUAUUCUCUUUAAAAAAGAUGAUCACUUAAAGAUUGGAGGAAAAAUGAAAGUUUCCAUUGUUGUGGAUUACUGGUAGUGAUGAUGACUCUCAGUGGUGAACAGUACAGAAAUUGCACUGAAGCAAGUUUUUGUGAAAGUUUAACUGCAUGAUUUUGUGCUUUUGCCCUUUGUUUUUGAAAAGAUAUGCUGUCAGUGUACAUAUAUAUAUAUGCUGUUUGUGACAUUCAAAGUGGUAUGUCCAUGUGGAGCCGUGACUGCUGUUUUAGAGGGUACCAGAUUUUCAGGUGUUUUUUUAAAUCCCACAUUCUGUUUUGACGAGCCCAUCUGAAAGGAAACUUCUGGAAGAAUUUGACUAAUGGACUGAAAUAUACAUGGAGCUCAUUAAUGUGCUGCUUUCAUAGGCUCAUGAAUGUAAACUUUCGUCUAAACACAGCAAGAGCUAAUUUUAAUGACUCGGCAUGUUUAUUUUUCAGCUUGAUUGGUUGUGCCAUGGGAGUUGAGCUUUGAUAUCACUGCAGUUUCUGCCCAUUUCCUUUGUUCUUUUUGUGUGCUGGACUCUUUUUCUUCAUCGUCCUCUGCCAACAUUCCCCCUCCAUAUUUCUCAGGGGCAUGGGGCUUAUGGAUUUUCCACUAAUGCUUCAUUCAUGUCCUUAGAAUGAUAGGGUUCUGACUUCAUAAUGCAUAAUGUUGAGAAAAAAUUUCAACGAUUCACACUCUUUUAGUUAAUAUGAUUUUACACCAGUUGAGCAUCAAACUGGAAAAAUACAGGUCAGAUUGUCUGGGACCUUCUGACGUAGCGCUGACUCAAUGUGCAAGGCAUCUGUGCCUGUACUGUGUAACGUGUAACUCAGUUCUUGCAAAGAGUGGAGUUACAAUCCUGUCAUCUUAAGGGGGAUAUAUUUUCACUUUUUCUGACUAGAUCUUGAGGUUGUGUUAUGGGAUUUUUUUAUGUGGCUCAACUCAAAGCAUUUGUCGUGUUAAUAAAUAAUGUGCAAAAUAAGCGCCAACACUAAACUAUCUUUAUCGAUUGAACCAAUGGAUGUUCGUAGAGCAGCAAUGAAAAAUUGUUUGUGGGUAAGAGGUUUUUUUUUUUAACCUGCCAGCCGUAUGAAGUUUGGUUAGCAUCAGAAAUUAAAAUACAUUAGAAACGAUCUUUUCCAGCAUUCUAUUUCGAAUGAAAAAGGAAUAUUCAGUUUAACAUUGACUUUUUGUUUGUAAAUAUCCAACCAAGGUUUUGUUACUGUUACCAAACAUAUCAUUUCAUCCACCUGUUGACAAUCUCGUGUUUACUCCAUGAAGUUUCAAUGCAUUUUGUUUUUGAGUUUUUUUGUGUGUAAAGAAUGGUGGUUCACAUGAGCCUUACCCAGAAGGCAGCGAAUCUAUAUUGCAAUGCAAGUAAUUGGAGCAACUAUGAUCUUUGCGUACCACAUGGACAGUGUUAAAUUUCAAGUCUGCUGUGAAGAAUGAUUAUUGACUUAACAUUGAUUUGUUGAUGAUGGCCAAAGUCUGAUAUUAUGCUGGUAUGUAUGUCAUAUGAGUUUUUAUUUUGAUGUUCUCUACUCUAUUUUCUUUAAAAUUCAAAUUAUCUCCUCAUUCCUCCAAUUUUGGUGCAACAUCAAUCUCUGUUAUAUUUGUUAUUUUAUUUCACUUUAAAAUGUACGCCUUUCUUGUAAGGGCAAAAAAGAAGAGGAGAACCAUUUAAUAAUUUUAAAGAAUUUGGGCAGCUAACUGUUGUUUGAAAAAAUUUAAACUUAAUCUUGAAAUUUCUAUGAAUGUAUGAAUGCAAAACAAUUUUGAAUGUUUUCUUCUUCUUUCUCAAAGUUCUGGAAAUGCCCUUUUGUCUUGGCGUUUUCUUUUCUAUGGGUUGGUCACUGAGAGCACUUUUGAAAAAGUUCUGGCUUGAGCAUGAUUCUUGAUUUGUUUUUUUAUCCUAGAGGAUGAGGCUUUUUUUCAAAGAGUAAAGAGGCAGUUGUUCUAAAAGCUGGGUGGUCUUAUUCUUUGUAAUUUUUAGAUAUAUCUUGGCUUUUAAAAGUUGAGUCGCUUAGAAGUACAAAUACCAUACGUCAUUAAUGUUUGUAUUUUUACGAGUUACAGUUAGAGUGGUAAUAUUUUCAGAUGGCUACUUAAUAGAGAUAUAUUGUGUUGUGGUAUGAGUUGCAAGCACUAUUUCUUUGUUGUCGUUAGUACCGUAGUGAGAAUUAAAGUGGACCAUUUGAGUGUUUCAGUUCACAGUUUUGGGGAUUAUCUGAAAUUGAUUGCACAUGAUUAUAAUCAUUCUGUCAGUUACAUUCCAGUUUGAUCUGAAAGUACAUAUUUUGGGAGGAUUGUGUUGUAAAGCGUCAUAUAAAGAAUGAAAAUUUAUGUGGAAUUUUUUUUUCAAAUGAAAUGCUUAGGCUGUGGACAAAGUACAAUUCAUGGUUUUGCAUCUAAUAGGCCAUCACAGCACUUGCCAACAGCAAUAAUUUGGUGCUCAGGGAAAACAUUAAAGUGACAACUGUUCCAGGAGCUAGUGUACAUGCACAAGUAGGCUAUAGUCACAGACUGUUAGAUAACAUUCUCAACAGUAAGGUGACCAGCAAAAUUUGUUUGGGGGGGGGGGGGGUUGUGCCUUAAAAGAGGUUUGCUGAAAGCUUACCAAGGGUUACUGUUGGUGUUUUUUUCCGAAAGUGCCCAGUGUGUGCAGAGCAAAAUAACAUGAUUUAGGGAUUUUGUUUGCCUUUGUGAUCAUUGUAUGCAAAACUCCAGAACGAAGCUCACAGGGUGAAAUUUCCAACUAUUAAUUGGCUGGUAGUAUCCAGCUCUGUAAUAAAGUUGUACAAUAAUCAAAAUGAGAUUGUCAACCACAAGCUUUUUGUUCUUACAGUUGCACGGUUCUGGAUGAAGCCUUGAGCUCUCAGACUUAUUUUUAAGUAGAAAUCAAUUAUGAUAAAAGUUCAAGCUGAUUCUAUCACUAUCAGAGGCUUCAACUCUUCUACACAACAAGCAUGCCACAAACAAACUACACAAACUCAGUCCCUAGAUAUGAUUAUAAAUUCUGGAGGGGGAGUGGUGUUGUUGAUAUUCCACUUUAUGUCUGACUGUUGUGCAUUGACAAAUGAACUGGUGUAAAGCAUUAUAAAUGAAACGUUCGGAGUACUGCUCCGUGCAUCUCAGGAAAGGUAAGUUGCUCCGCUCAUGCUUCAUUGCUUCAUGGUGUGUUGCUGCCGUAUGUCUUGGUGGUGCUCAUGGGCUCUGCUCUAAGGCUGACGGUGAAGAAAAUGUAAAUUUUCACUUUAUCUCUAGAGAUAUUCACUGCGAAAGCCAGGGCUGGUUCUUUUGAUUUUUCUAUUAUUGGCCAUUUAAUUGAUUUAGCUUUUUGUUUUGUAGAUGUUCAGUCAAACAAAGUUUUAGGCUUGUUGUUAUUUUUUAACAUGUAAUGAUGUCUGUCAUUAAAUACACCGCCAUCUGUGGUGUAAAGGCCAGGCAUUUUGCUGUCACAUGCAGAAGAUGUGAGUUCAAAUCUAAUGAGAGGAAUUUUUUUCUCUCGAGUAUUUGCAUUUGUCUGCUGGAACAUUGGCCCGGGAGUACCUUGGCAGGCAGGGUUGAAGUAGCUCACCUCCCUGAUGAUCUAAAUAAUGUUGAUGGGAGCACGAAACACCUAACAAUUAGUUCAUUACAUUUUUUUAUAGUGCAUCGUUGAAUACAUACAAACAUGUAAGACCAUUCUUCUUUGACAUGCUUUGCACCCAUGGACUGUAUAGCAUAAAGUAAAUGAUCACCUAUAUUGGUUUUAUUUUGUAUAUUGAUAAUUAGAUAUAUGGGAUUCAAGUUCUUGCUCGUUAUCAUGCUUGUCACAGGAUAUGGUGUUUUGCAGAUUUUGGCAUACAUACCUGUUAACAGACAAAUGUACAAGCCAGUUGGAUUGGUUUUACUUUUGUUUGAAUGGUGAAUUACUUUAGAUUAUUGCAUUAGUUGUGGUAAUUCUGUCUGGUUGAUAUUCCAGGUGAGGGUUAGUCUCUCUUCAGAAUACAGGGUUUAAUUUAAAUGGAGUUGAAUUUCAAACCCCUGUAGACCUGUUUGUCCUUUCACCUCUCCUGUGCACAACAACCUCGGCUCACAAAGGUAUUAAAAAAUGUCUCAAAAUCGUAUACAUGGCAUUGUUUAGUGACUUGUACAGGGAUGCGUGUUUGCGAUACAAUAGAUUUUCUAUUUAAAUACAACAGUUAUUUCAUUCUUUGAGAACAUGAGAACAAAAUAAUUUAGUGCAGUGGUUGUAGUGGGUGGGGUUGGGUUUGUUUAUUUGUUUGUUUGUUUGUUUGGGGUUUGUUGUGUUGUUUGUUUGGUUUUUUUUUUUGGGGGGGGGGUUAUAGUGACUAUUCGUGUAUUAAAACAAGAAAUCAGUUUUGCAAGACACACUGAAACUCGAACCCACAUUAGGGAGAGCAUUGAAAUUUUAUUGUAGGAAGCAUUCCAUAAUUUUAGAUUUUCAUUUAGCUUUAUAUUAUCUUUACUCAGUGUUGUUUGUGUGUACCAUUGUGUAAGCGAGUUCAGUGAAACUCGUUCACACUCACAUGAAAUGUCCUGUGUUUAAGAUUUUAAAAGAUAUUGUAAAAAAGAUACGGAGGUAAAAAAAAAAAGGGGGAACAUUUUAGUCCUUCAGGUGGUUGAUGGGUGCUUUAGUGGCAUCUGCUCUGUACCUUUUGUGUAGAUUGUACAAUUUUCAUAAUUAUUUCCAGGCGAAAUGUGGACUUUGUCAUACAUGUACUGACUUGUAAUAAACUACAAGUUGAUGAACCUGCGACAAAUGUUCAGUUAAAAUUUUUCUAUGGGUGGUUGGAGGGUGCCACAGGUAGGUCCUACUUUUCUUGUCCUUUAUUGCUUAUGUCUAUCUGUCUUGCUUCUUCCCUGCACUAGAUGGCUGUUAUAUUGUGUCAAUGUGCUUCUCUUUACUCCAAAUCUUUUUUAGCAUUAUUGUAGAGUUUCAGUAUCAUUCAAUCAACAGAGGCCCAAUGUCGCCUAGCUUUGGUAUGGUCGUAAAAUCAAAACGUUUCAGCCAUUUGUCAAUCUCAUGCUGAAAAUAAAAGGAUUUAAGUACAUAAAUUUUGGUAGAAAUAUAUAUUUCUCUUUUUAAUUUUUUACUAUUGCCUUCAGACUGAUAUAGAUCUACUUUCCCUCUACUCCAGCUGAAUUUAAUACUAAUCAGAUGUAGAAAGUUUCUCGCUCUACCUUGUGUACAUCGACUUGUACAUGGAUUCUGAUAACCUUCCACCUAUCAGUAUUCUUUGAUUUAGUUUGACCCCUAGAAAUUCCAUAAUUUUGAUUGAUCUAAGCUUGAAUCAUUAGCUGUGUUUAUUAAAGUUUUUGAUUUUGUACAUUGGUAUUGAAACCGUCAACUUGGGAAAACUUAAUCAGGCACUGAAAUUGCCACCAUCACCUGCAUUGUUUAACAUUGACAUGCGUGAUAUAUUAUAUUCAUAUGUACUACGGUAAAGGUCCUUUGUUUUGAAUAUUAGCAUUUGUUGGACAUUAUUUGAUGUAAUGAUGGUGUGUGUAUACAGAGUAUAGAGUCUGAUAUGCGUAAGGAGUUGCUUUAUAGUUCCCUGUGCGACUUUCUUCUAUGGUCUAUUCCAGAGUUUCUUUUUUGUUUUGCGAGUUAUUGUAAAGAUUGUGUUACACUUUGUGUGCAGUUUUGCAGUUGGUUAAUGGUGUAAUAAUUUGUUUAGUACUCAACAGGAAACUUGUGCCGUGCUGCUUUUUUUUCUGCAGCACUUGUGGCUACAAUCUUCAAAGUCCUUUAUAAAAAAUCAUGCCUUAGGUUUUUUAGUACACGUAUAUAAUAUGAGCUCUGUUUACUUAUACCCAUGCUCCUUAAAUACUUAGCACUGUUAUGAAGCUUUUCUGCUGUUGUUCAUGUGACAUUAGAAAAAAGUGAAUAUUUUUUUGGUGAAAAGAUACAGUACAAGACAGUCUUCGUGAAGCUACUAUAAAAAGGCUCAAAAUUGCAGUAUAUUAUGCAGCAUCAACUGAAUGUGCUAGUUGUUCGAGAUGCUGCAUUUCCAGAUAAAUCUAGAAAUCUGGAUUUCUGAUUUCUGAACUUAUCAGGAUUUUGCCUAACUUCAGAAUAAUCUUUGCACUUGUCAAAAAAAUAGUCUUGGUACAACAUAUUAAACAGUAUGAUUUUUGAAUUUAUAGUCCCCAUUCGUGUGGUUCUUCAGAGUUCAGAAAGGUAUGGAUUUAUUUUUUUGUAGCCACCUCUGUAGAUGAAUAAUGCAUUGCGAUUAUUUGAUCUGAACUUGUUCUUAGUUGCUUUUGCUUGUGACAUAUUGUAAACAAUUUCAUAUUUAGGAAGAUGAAAACAUACCUAUAAGCAUUUUUCUUGUAUAUAAUGCUGGUCCAAAUUUUUGUAAACGUUAACUUGGCUGUGCACAUAGCUUUAUUAAAAAGCACAUCAGAUGAGGCACAACAUGGAUAACUAAAUCUUUAAAGUGCUCUUUCUUUUCACAUAAACAUGGGCUGUUCUAAUCAAAUAAAUUUCUUUUUCUUUUAAAUGUCUCUGAGAACCCUGUCUCUCUGAAUGUGUGAUUUAAGUACAUGGAUCUGCGUUGGCAGGAAAAUAUGAAGAAAUUCAGCAUGUGCGGUUUACACUGUUCUUGAAAUAAGAUUUCCAAAAAUUUGUGGUUUGAAAAUUAUUCAUUGAUAAUUAUCUUACCUUGUACAUAAGUAGGUUUUAAUUUUGUACAUAUCUGUAUAUAAAACAUUAUGUAAAUAAGCUAAUCGAUAGUACUGUUUUAAGAACAGGUUUUGGUUGUUUCUUUUGUUUUUUUUAUUGUUUCUGCUGUCCCAAAUACAUUGAUUCGUGCUGUAUUUGACAGCGUAUUUGAAAUUCCUUAUGUGAAAAUGAUCAGCUAGGUGUAUAUAUAUAUAAAAGUUAAGCAAUUAAUAUGUUUAUGGGAGAAAACUGUUCUUGAGUCAUUAUUUAAGUAAAGAAUGAAAAUAUUUUACCAUGUACUAAAAAUUCACCCAGAAAUUGUGGUAUCUAUGGGACUGCUGUGUGCUACUGGAGUUGAUCGUUUUUACUUUUUUGUGAAACAAUUUUGGUUUCUUUGUUUUUUCAAAAGAUUGUGUUGAGAAGCUCAGCUACUUUUCUUACUUACAAAGUUCCAUGGUUUGCUGAGAAUAAUUCAACAAAUUAUAGAUUUAGCAAGUACCUGCUUCUUUUCUGUUGAUGUUAUUAUUGUUAAGAUACAUUGUCAGGCAAAAAUAGCAAUUGUUUAUCAAAUUUUUGACCAAUAAACUAUUUUAUGAUGCUUUGGAGUUUA